AAAUAUCAAUGUUGACUCGGACUUGUUUGGCGGGAAAGUGGGACUUUUUCUGCCGCCCAAAUUUGUUUCUACAGACCUCACUAUAACGCCCAUGCCAACAGCUGCAUUCAACAAAAUGUCGGCGACAUCAUCCACUGCAGCAUUUACCCCUUCUUCCUCUUUGGUUAGCGCUGCUACAAUGUCCUCUUACAUCAGCACUCUACAUGAGGCUAACAUAUUUUCUUUGCCAGGAGCAGUGGCCGCGCAACGCUCAAUGUUUGAGAUGGCCAACAUUGAAGGUCAAUGGAAUCCUGCCUUCAUACCAAGCCACCAUGUCGCCACUGACAAUUCUGACUUGCAUGCCACGCCCACAGAGAAUAUGCUGCCACAAAAAGCUGCAAUGGCCGAUAGCCAAUGCAACAACCCCAUUUCCCCACUACAAAUGCCCAUUCAACCGUGCAAUGGGGGCACCCUUGCUGCUGCCUCGCUAAUUGCUGCUACCACCUUGGUUGCCACAUCUGCAGCUGACGCCGAAUAUAGCGACUUGUUCCCUGCAAAGAGCCCCGACUUGAAAACCGCCCUUGGCAACACAACCACCACCCAAAAUGAUGUUAGUGAUGGUAUGUUAGAUACUAAUAGGCUAGCAAUAACCGCCUGCGCCCAGGAUUUUCUUUCUCCGCACCUUUAUCAAUCUCUCCAUUUUAUUCCUGACAUGGACAAUUUUCCUCCACUUAAUAACCUGAUGUCUCCGUUCCAGCCAUUUGGUCCACCCCAAACAACACAGCCUCAGCCUCAAACACAGACGCAGUCGCAACAAUAUCAACAACAGCAGGCACAGCGACAAGCUUACAACGAUCAACCACAGCAGCAUCAGCAUCAGCAUCAGAAUCAGCAACAACAACGACAACGACAACAGCUACGCCAGACAGAGCAGGUAGGCCACUCUGCCGACAAAAAGGGUCCAUUUGCACAAGCUUCACACUUGUUUGAAAUGUCUGCAUUUAACUCUCCUGCUCCAGAUACAACCAACUCCGCGCAGCACUCCACAUCAAUGUCUGUGUCGCGUAUAACCGGGCCUGGCAUAGCCAGCAGCAACCAUCUGCUGGGAUUUGACCCAAGCCGACCUAUAGCCCCGUUCUCGUUUAUCAGACCGGCUUCGCUCGCACCCGGAGACGCAGUCGGCGUCAGUGGCAACAGUGGUUUUGAUGACAACAUUGCUGCUGCCUCGUACCAUGGCAUGUCGUACCCAACGCUUCCUUCAGAAAGUAUGCAUGCGCCAUCAGGAAUGCAUGGCCCAAUCGGCCACAACGCUGGCGGAUUUAUGUCCAGCCCGAUGAUGUCCCAGAUGAGCUCGCUGCCUUUAGCGGAAAACAUCCAAAUGCACUCUCAACAAGGUAGCCACGCGCAUCCAAGCGGCUCUCUAGUGUCACAGAUGCGCCCGUACAACAUGGUGUUUGGCAUGCCUGGGAUGGGAGAACAGUGCAUAAUUUACGACGACCGUAUGCAGGUGCCACCAAUGCCCCACCAAGGGGGCAACUGGCUGCGGAUCAGACAGCCCAUCGACUAUGUUGCGCCCCUCAAGAAGCCAAUGAACUCGUUUCUGCUGUAUUCCGCUGAGCGGCGCGUACAGCUCAGGCAAACGCACCCAGACCUAAAUACGACCCAGCAGAGCACUAUUUUGGCCCGCGAGUGGGCUAGCCUUGCCGAAGAGGAAAAGGAAAAGUACCGGGCAGACGCCAAGCAGCUCCGCGAGGAAUACAACGCUCGGCGAGCAGAGCUCAGCCUCAAGCUUCAGCAGCAGCUUAACCAGCAGCAUCUCAACAUGAGCCUUGCACAUCAGCCGCACCCGCUACCACAUACACACGCUUCUCACCACCAGUCAUCUCUGGAUGUAUUGGACGUCGGAAUGCUUUCAAAUGAUCAAAAUGCGCACAUGCAAUCUCCCAGUACGUUUGGGGCAGGGUUCUCGCAGCAACAUUACCCCAACGCGGGCUUACAAAUGCCUUCUCAUACGCAGUUCUCACAACUCGCGCCUAGUGCUAGUCAAGGUCAUUUUUAUGGUCGCCACACGCCAGUGGCAUCGUUUUCACAACCCCCGCACGAAGACAUUGCAUAUGGCUCCUCUCGAGCAAUGGCGGUCAACAUGUCGGACAACUUCCAAUUCGAUUCAUCGCUGUCUACGCUGGAUGCUUCGUCUGGACCCGCUGGUCAGCACUAUGCGCGGACAGUCGGGCGUAACACACCUUACAUGCCAGAUAACAACACAGGCGGCAGGGCAUUUGGCGAUGACUUUGACAAGCAAGAUGGCAGGAAGUUAAUUUAAUGGGUUCCGAAUAUCAGAAGGACUACGGUUCCGCCCAAUACCAACAUAACCAGAGCCAGAACCAAAGCCAAAAUCAACAUCAACAUCAACAAGGCCAGGCUCAGUACGUUAUUCCUCGACCCUCGCCAACGUUGUCUUACUAUAUGAAUGCUGGUGAGCAGCAGCAACAACAUAAUAAAUACCAACAACAGCAACAGCAACAAUACCAGCAACAAGGCUACAAAAACAAUAACAACGGCAACUCGCACAACAGUCUUGUCAGCACUGCAAAUAGCCUGCUGAACGUCUUUGAUAAUGCAAUUCACUCUGGUGAAUUUGGAAAUAGUGGCGGCAUUCCUAAGGACAUUAGCAAGUCAGCCUCGUUUGCCACUUUUGCCGACCUU